AGCAGGCACCCUUGGUGCAUAUGCUGGAGCCCAUAGAGGAGCUUUCAGAAGAGGAAAAAGAAAUUGAGAAAGUUGAUCAUAUAACAGGUAGAAGCAACCACUAUUUAAUAAAUGCUUUGAAGACUGAUCCGUCUUUAACUAAAGAAUUACGAGUUGUUUUGGAGCAAGCCCUGGAGGAGAAGCUGGAAUCCUUGGGAAUUAAAGCAGGUGUUCGUGGUAUCCCAAACGAUCGCUUAAAUAAAAUUUUGCGUGCUAUUGAAUCUGCUAGAGAAAGCAAACAGAAGCAAGAGCCUGACAUGCAGCGAAUUCGAGAGCAUCUUGAACGCCAAGUUAGCUUUAGGGUUGAAGAGAAAUCAUCAUCUUGUAAUAGACCUGUUUCCUGUCCUCAGCUUCCUUCAGAUAAACAGAAGUUCAAUCAAUUGGGAAGUUCCUCAUCUGCCACACCACGAAAACCAGUGAAACGGUCUUCAACCACUGUCCGCCCAGCUGAGCCACGAACAGUCAUUGCUGAGAAUACAUCUACGCCAAAAUCCAGGAAGCUUUUUGGAAAUGGAGUUUCCAGAAAGACACCUAGCAUCACAACUCCACCAUUCAGUUCAGAGGAAGAAGCAGAUGAAGAUGAUCUCAAACAGUCUUACGUAUCACCAAAAUCAUUGCAAAAACAGGCAAAAACAUCAAGCAGCACAGUCAGUGCUUUUCAGAAGGCUUCUGGCAAAAGUGAUAUAGAUGGGAUGGAGGAAAGUGAAACUGAAGAAAAAGGAACACUUACCAAAACUUCAAAAGGAACAGUUAUUCAAAAACUCACUGAGCAAGUUGGAAAAAGUCUUUCUAACCAUGGAAAUAAGAACAAACCCGCUGGAGGGAUUAAUGUCGCACAGGCGUUUAUUAAGAAAGAAGAGGUGCAAGAACUGAAGUUCGCAGAAGUUGAUGAAGAUGACUGGGAUAUAUCAUCAGUAGAAGAAGACUUUUUAUUAAUGAAAGAUGAUAGAGGCCAGAAGGCAUUGACAGUUCAGAAAAAUGAGUCAAAUGCUGCAUCUGUGGUACAUGCAUGGGGUCUUCCAAAGAAAAGUGUACCAAAGGAGGAAGGCCUUCAUGAAGCUGAUAACACAAGCACGUUAAAAAGCAGCUUAGUCACUGUAACAGAUUGGAGUGAUUCUUCAGAUAUUUAACUGCUGCAUUCCUGAUGGGAGGCACCACUUUUGGGUUCUGUUGGGAUUGA